AUGGCUCCUAAGAAGCAUAUAAACUGGAAGCCCUUCACCCAGAAAGUUCUCGAGAAAUGGGCCACCAGCUCCCUUCCCAACGUUCCAUCCGCUCGCCACUGCACUAUCGGACAUCCCUCGCGGUUGAGAGAGUCUGGUACUCAUGCCGUUGCUUUCUUCUAUCUCGUCACAGCAGCAGACCCUGGCCCCUGGUAUGUAAUCGAUAGUGUUCUGUGGGAUACGGAGAAGAACUCGAAGCUCUGUGAAGCAACAUUCAUCGUGCCCUGCCGUGAUCCCCCAUCAGCUCGCCAUCCUUUUGUCUGUGAGUGGGACGAGGGCCUGCGUGUGUAUGUCGUUCGUCAUUAUCAGGAGCCUGUGAAGGAACUAAAGAACGAACCCAAGGCCAAGGAGUCAAAGAAGGAUGCUGAGGAGAAGGGCCCUGCUGCUCCUUCGAUUAUUUCAUACGAUGGAGCCUCAGAUGAGCCGGAAACAUGGAGCCCUGGUACUGCGAACGAACAUUAUUCUCUUGACCAUGCACUCGAUAUCAAGUGUUUGCCCCCUCUGCCUGAUGAUUACUUGGACGAUGGCAGCUUGUAUGAACCAGGAGAGGCUGCUGCACUUGAGAAGGAUGGAGAGAUGGGAUCUCAGCCAUCGACUUCAUCUGUGUUGGCUGAUAACGUCACAGACCAGCCUUCACAGAUGCUCGAUGGCAUUUCUACCAAUCCUGACAGCGUUGAAGACACAGACACCGACGUUACCAGCUUAGAUCUUCCCGAAUCUGCUCCGCAAGGUGUGUACGAGGAGUUCAACGCAGCCGACUAUGAAUACAGCCCACCAGACACUGACCUUUCCGAGGAAGCCCUGAAAGAGCUACGCUGGAGAGUUCGCAUGUGUGAAGAAUACCCAGAGAUUCACCACUAUAAUUUCUUCGGUGAAGCAAUGGCUGGGCCAACCUUUACUCCCCCCGAAGUAUCAUUGUUCGUCCUUCUGCAGGGCCCAAAGAGCUGGUCAAGCGAUGCCUCCGUCCGUGCUUCCGUCUUGCGCCGAGCAAUCAGGUUCAUCGAUCCCAUUCUCUACACCGGACCUGUCGAAGCUCUCUCAUACCACGGGUGCAAUUCUCUCAUCAAAGCUAUCACCGGAAACGUUCACCGAUUCUACACCAUACAUGGAUCCUGGACCAACGAUGAUGGUAGGUGGGCCCAGGCGCGACCAAUUCUCGACCCUACAGACCCGGAUAUCUAUUAUACUGAGCCCUGGCUUCCAAUCAAUGGAUGGUUGAAUGUCCAUUGGAGACUCUGGUCGAGAGACAACUACCGGAAUGGGAUGAGGGAGAUGAAGCCGAUGCACAAAAAGAAUCUCGCUCCUGUAUCGAAGUCACCGCUCUCAAAGUGCAUGCUGGCGAGCGAGUUCUAG